CGAUAUUUUGAUCUUGAAUAUGAAAGUAAACGUUGUCAUCUGACUUCAUUCACAUCUUGGAUACAUUGAGACAGGAUGUUGAAGGUGUUGGUGCUGGUAGCACUAUGGUGUGCCUGCCAGGCUCAAGAGGCCAAAGAUGUCGAAGGCCUCAAGAAAACAGUCAAUAGUCUGGCCAGACAGAUGAUGCUACAGCAGCUAUUUGUAGAGGAAAGGAUCAGAUCUGACGGUGACUCUGGUAUUAAACAGACGAGACACAGUCGUGAUGGAACCAAGAGUUACUUCAGUACAUCAUUCACUGACAGCAGGAUUGCCGCUAUUCACGACCAUACUAACAACAUCAGAACUGUCGGUAUGGGAGAGUUCAUAGCUGUCCUAAAUGGUGUUGAAUUCCGUACACGCCACAAUGACUACAGACUACUCAUGCCGAGUAAGACCAAGAAAACAUUCCACUCUGUUGACCCAAUCCCAUUUCCAGACGUACCCCCAGCGGUUCUUGCCAAGAAGACCGUCAACGAGCAGGUGAUUGAGAUGAGAGAAUGGUUCAAAGCAUGGAAGAACCAGAACUUUAAGGUCAGGGACUACCGCAAGUUCUUCAAGCCUGUUAUGUGCUACCUUGAGGGAGCCUGGACUAAGAGCUCGAAGUCGAUCAAUGAGCCUUUCUUCAGCGACAGACAUUUCAUUGAUGCCUCCAGUUGGUUUGAUCUCCAGGAAAAGAUCCGAUUUACUUCCUACACUGGACGAAAAAGCAACGCUGAGAACUACGCUUACUUGCCUGUGAAAAUCAUGAACAUGAUGAACGGAACCAUUCCAGAAUUCGCACAGUGGAACUACCGUAUCGUGUGCAGCCCAGUCAACAAGGAUAUCCCCCUGAAGCGCCUUAGGGUGGUCGAUGACCUUGCUGCUAGGGUGUCCAACAACAAGAAAACGAUGAAGGAACACAGUGAAUCCAGAGCUGCUAGGUUCCAAAUCAAUCCUUUCCCCUAUCCUAACUGGCCUAAAACAGACCGUCCUAUCAAACGUGGUUUCGUUGACUCCAUCAUGGAAGAAAUUCCCGGUAAAGACAAUUUCGGAGCCAACCUCGUGGAUGACUCCUUCGGUCUCACAAGUGCAACGUUCACAAAUGUCUCCGUGCCACUGAAUGCUGCAUAUUAUCACCGUUGGUUUAGAGUAAUGCGUAGAGAUGCCAUGGGUGUGAAUGUAAGAGCACGUGGUUAUGCCGACAACAACGUCUAUAUGGCAAUGACUACCCAACCCAAUGUAGCUCCAAUGAGAGUAACAGACUGCAAAAUGUCUGGCAAAGGCAAAGCAAGGAAAAGGACAUGCAAGACAUACGAGCAAAGAUGGACAUACGCUAUUCCCCUCGAGGUCAUCUACCUGACACCCCUAUAUAACUGGAAUCCAUAUGAUCUGGAAUACAAGGGUGAAGCUAACAGACCUCUUGGUCGCACAGUAAACAUGCCCGCCGUAAAAGGUGGACAGAUGCGUAAUGGUGGACUCACCAAACAAACUGCAUAUAACGGAAUCAACAGCAGAGUAUACUACAAGACACCCGCCGAGUUCUUCAAUGGAAACGAAGUGAAUAAGGAUCGCGCUGAUACGGCCAAGGGCGUUGCUGGAGUCUUAGACAGGAAUGGUGAAGUCAGGUCGGUCGUUGCAUCUGGAACUCGUAUCUAUCUACGUAACAUCCCUGGCAUCGGUACAAUGCGUACACGUUACCCAAUCAUGCCCGUUCACGUUGAGGGAUCCCCCAUCUGGAAGGAGCUGGACGCGCUGAAGGAUGUAGUCCUGGAGCAGAAGAAAUUCUUGAAACUAUACAGAACACCACCAGUAAAUGGUGGAUCAACGGGUCCUAAACCUACCGGCCCUCCCGCACCCAAAGGGGUCACUCUCACCAUGGCCUACACAGUGAAGAACCCACCUGGGGAGCACACACAUACUGUCUUCCUCUCAGGGGAAGAGGUUAAAAGCCUAAAUGCAGGCAAAGCAGUAACUGUCGACACCACAGAGGAGAGUGGACACUCCCACAAUCUGGUACUCAGGCAAUCUAACCCCAAUGUUACCACUGGUGCAAAGUACUACUAUGUGACAUGUGACGGCAAGAAGGUAUGCUGGGAUGCCCAUGGUUCAGCGAUGAAGGUGGUCAAAAAGCUAUAAACUUAUGAUUUAAAGUGAAUUUUUUGACAAUAAAAAUUUAAGAAAAUAA